GAAAAAGGGGGAGAGUAUACCAGGUGUCUGUUAGCCCACGGGUCCAUGGGGUUCAGGAGGUCUAUUGGGUCCUUCAGUGGGCUUGAAGGGGUCAUGUACCUGGCUCAAAAACCAUCAUCCACUAGUUUUUGCCUCUAAACGGAAUGUAUGGCGUACUGAGGAUGAGCGACGCUGUAAACGAAAGACAGCCGCUCCUCCCAAGAGAGUCGGUGAACGCCUGACAUCACACUGUGGGUCCUGGAGCAUAUUGCCCUUCGCGCUAAGCAAAAGGAGAAGUCAGAGCUUUCACCUGACACCGAACUUGGCCGCCACUUUAAGAAUGGCAAGGACUAGUGCUUCAUGGGGAUCAAAGUGUAGAGAGCUCAGGGACUGGUGUUCUUUGGGCGCCCUUAAAAAAUGAGGGAAAGCAACGUUUAUAAAUUAUUUUACACGUAUAAGCAAUUUGUAUGUGUAACUUAACAAUGUCGAAGAUGAAAACAUAUGUGUAAUAUCCGUAGAUUUAGAUCGCUGACGGUUUUUUGUUGAGUGUUUGCCAGCCUUUCCGACGACAAAACUCUGUGUUUGUACUUGGAGGUGAAAACUGGUGACGUGUGUAGGGAUAAAAGGUCGGGAGCACAGGGAGAGAGCGGGCUGGUUUUCCUUCGGUGCGCGGCGGAUACCAGAGAGAACGGGGCGCGGCGGCCGGACACAGCGCGCGAUGCUUCAAGUGUUGAUGGCGAGUCAGUUGCGCCUUGAAGUGUCAAACUGGCGGCCGCGAACCCCACAGCAGCAGCACGCGUGGCCCCCGCCCCCGCUCCCCGCCCCCCGACCCCGUGCUGGCCAGGCGCGUGAAGACACAUUCCCACCCAUCGAAGAUUAACUCUAGCAACGAAAAAAGCAGCAGAGUGCCUUAAAGCGGCGUGAAAUAGCCUUACAAGCCUCUCAGGACUUUAUUGAGUUCGGAAAACCUUGGUGAGACAGAGCUCUUGAAGGCAGCAACUCUGACGCAGCGGAGCCUCACGACGGGACGAGUGCGGCAACAGCGGCUGUAGCGAUAGACAGUGCCCGCAGACCAUUCCUGGAAGUUUUAAGUCUGUAAAAAACACUGGUAACUUGAUCUUGUGAGUCUGAGUUGCCGAAGAGAGAACUUAUGAACACAGCUUUGCCCUCCCUGCCAAACCUCACCAUAGGGACGAGUGUAGCAGCUUAAGAGUGCCUUGCAAGACUAGUACAAGUUUUUAAGCUUUGAAAACCUCGGGAGCUUUACUUUAUGAGUCUGAGAAGCCAGUAGCAAACAUGACGUUCUCUUCAAGGAAGCUUAACCGUGAGCUGUACAACGAGCCGUUCAACACUGACGGUGGGGGCGAAUGUGUGUCCACCAGUUGGCUUCAGUGACCCCUGGACAGCCCAUUUGUGUGUGUGUGUGUGUGUUUGUGUGUUGGGGUAUAGGCUUCAGUGAGUGUGUUCAGGAACUUUUGAGAUAUUAACUGACCCAUACUAACAGAUGUGCUGACGCCAUCCAGGCUCUCUGUUCUGGAUCAAGUUUUUCAAGGCUCAGCUGCCCCGUCUUACCCAGGGAUAACCUCCUUUCUGCGCGCCCAUCGUCGAGGUGCACAGGGUUCGUGGUCACCCAACCCUCAGCCCUCACUCCCCGCCAACCAGCUCCUCACCACCAGCCCCAGAACUUUCACCAUACUCUUGAACAUUGCGGCGCCCAGACACACACAUCCGACAAGGCUUUCGUGGGAGUUGUGGGCAUUUCCUGUGGCAGUUUUACGAGCCUGAUGAUUGUUUGACAAAGCUUCUGUGUCAUACUCGUGAAGCAAUAUCAAUAAGGACUUGAAUAAUCUACUUUUUGACCUUUGGAAAUUGUUGACGUGAGAGACGGAAGCAUCUGGGAACACCGACCUCUCCCCUCGCUCUCCCCUUAAAUUCCCUCUCCAACUCACCGUAAUUUCCUCUCCCUCACCUUCCUUACCUUAUUAUCGCCUCAUUCACUCCUCGUCACCCGUUCCAGCCUUGUUUUCCCCUUCUCUUCCCCUCACACUCUCGCCCACAUACGGUCCCUCCUCCCCUUCACCUUACACCUGACACGCAUUUCAUCCCUUACCGUCACUUCCUCCCUCCUUUCCUUCCCUCCCUUCCAUCCCACACCCUGCUCCACCCCUCCCUCGCGCCCUUCCCGUCACAAUGGGGUGCAGCGAAAGCAAGGACCUGCAGCACAUCAAUCCUUCUGACGCCCACAAGAAGCUGGAGUCGUCUCUGGAGGGCCUUGAGGUGGUGCGGAUGACCUCCUCCGCCUCGUCGUCGGGCCAGGGGUCGUCUGUGCCUCACACGCCCGAGGAGAAGGCCCGAGAGACAACCGCUGGAGCCUUGGCCAUCUUCGACAACAUCCCCACCAACGAUUUAGGAGAAUCCCUUGACUGCCGUCGUGGGGCGGGCGCCUGGCACCACUCCACCAACGGGGCCGCUGCCAGCCUGCCCACCACGUCCACCUCCAGCCGCAGUGUGGACUCCAGCGACUCCGGCAUCUACGACCUCGACGAAGAUUACUCCUUCGUCAUCACCGAGAACUCCCCGCAAGAGCUGGUGCGCCGCGUGGAGGCCGACUUCACGCCCAUAGAGAACCUGGACCUGACGGUGACGGGCAAGCAGUGUCCGCGCCUGCUCAGCGGCUACCAGAAGGCGCGGCAGGAGGAGCAGGCCAUCCUGGCGUCGCUGCGGGAGGAUGGCUUCAUCGCCACCUCCAAGCAGCGGGCGGGCGCCGGCAUCGCCUUCGAGAUCAUCGAGGCCACGCCCGCCACCGAGUCCGCCAGCUCCAGCAAGUUCAAGCCGAAGGACUUCCUCCCGGAGAACACCCGCCAGCACCUCGAGUCACAGCGGAACCGAUUCAACCUGAAGGACCUGACUCACGCGGACGUGCGGAUGAAGAUGGAGAUGGCGGACAGGAGGCGGCAGGCCGAGCUGGAGUCCAAGAAGGAGAAGAUGGCAGCGAUGUCGAAAACUGACUCCGCAGAGGGCAAGCGGAUGUUCGACCUCCGGGAGAAGUUGUCGCAGCAGAAGGGCGCGGCGCUGGAGAAGAGGCGAGCCCACCUUCGGGAGCUGCGGGACAAGCUGCAGGCCCAGAACAGCAAGGCUAAGCAGGUCAAGCUGAAGAAGAUGAUCAACGGCCCGCCCGUCCCCGUGCCGCUCGGCCCCACUAGGCAGCUCUACCGCGCCAACCAGGAGUCCUUCUUCGACUGAUCGCCUGGUGGAGGGGAAGCGGAUCGCCUCCUUAGAACUCGGGAAGGGGAAUGCUGACCCCCUCCACGUCUGACAGGAAGAACGUGUCUAUGUCGUCUGAACAACCUCGGGAAAGGAAACGUUGACUCCCUCCACGUCUGACAGGAAGAACGUGUCUAAGUCGUCUGAACAACCUCGGGAAGGGAAACGUUGACUCUCUCCACGACUGAUAGAGAACUGAAGGAGGAGAGGAAUGUGUAUGCCUAUUCUGAAACACGGAUCGCUUCUUCGACGGAUAACGAGUCAGAGGUUGAUGAACUUUUCGGGUGAUCAACACACCAACAGAUCGCGCCUUCUACGUUGAUAAACUCUCGACUGUGAAACGGUGCCGGGCUGGAAAAACGUCGACGAUUUUAAAAUAGCAUGUCAGCGAAUUAAUCGAACGUUACUAGGUGGGCAAAGGCUUCGGUGACGGCCUCUUUGACUGAAAUAAGCGGUGACUGCAGAGGAACGUUUGAUGGUUGGUGGCCUGACUCUGAUGACUACGUUGACGGGUUCCUGUAUAUGCGACGGGUGGAGAGGUAACUUAUCUCGUCCCUAGAACUUCGGAAAGGGAAACAAUGACUCCGGUUGAGAGAAAGAGCGAAUCCGUGUUUUCUUAAUGGCCACUAGAAACUAAACCUUGACUCUCUCCAUCGGUUGACAGAAAGAACGUUACCAUGUCUAUGAAAACCUUGGGAAGGGAAACGUUGACCUCUUCACCUGAUAAGAAAGAGGAAGGAAGGAACCCAUGUCUCCCUCAGAACCUCCGGAGAGAGAGAGAGAUGCUCAACCCUAUAUACAACCGAUAAAAAAGACUCGCCACAUCCAAAGAAGAUUAAAAAUAAGAGUGAUGAUCGUCUUAAGAGUUACCAUGACGUGUUAGAAGGAGUGCAUAGAGAAUUGAUGUGUUUUGGAAUAGCUGGAGUACUUUACUGGUGAACUGAGGAUUGAUCUAUAUGUAAAAGUUGCCGUUUAAGGAUCGUCUAUUGUGAAUGACAGGCUGAUGUGUGUAUAGGGAAAGCUGGAGUGAUAGUGAAUGGAGUAUGUGUGUUGGUCAUAUGAUAGUGAAUGCAGAUGGCUGAUGUCUGUAUAGUGAAAGUCAUUAAAGGCGUCUGUAGUGAAUGAAAAGUUGUGGUUUAUACUGAAAGCUGGAAUGAUUGUGAAUGAAGAACUGAUAUGUUUGUUGGAGAAGAUGAAGUCCUAUGAUAGUGAAUAGAAAAAAACAUGCCUGUGUGUGAAAGUUGCCGGUUAAGGAUCGUCUAUAGUGAAUGAAAGCCUGGUGAUCGUAGAGAAAGCUGGAGUGAUAGUGAGUGGAGUAUGUGUGUUGGUCAUAUGAUAGUGAAUGCAGAUGGCUGAUGUCUGUAUAGUGAAAGUCAUUAAAGGCGUCUGUAGUGAAUGAAAAGUUGUGGUUUAUAUUGAAAGCUGAAGUGAUUGUGAAUGAAGAACUGAUAUGUUUGUUGGAAAAGAUGAAGUCCUAUGAUAGUGAAUAGAAAAAAAAUAUGCCUGUGUGUGAAAGUUGCCGGUUAAGGAUCGUCUAUAGCCUGGUGAUCGUAGAGAAAGCUGGAGUGAUUGUGAGUGGAGGUUUGCUAUGUGUGUUGGUCAUAUGAUAGUGAAUGCAGAUGGCUGAUGUCUGUAUUGUGAAAGUCAUUGAAGGCGUCUGUAGUGAAUGAAAAGUUGUGGUUUAUACUGAAAGCUGGAGUGAUUGUGAAUAGAGAAUUGAUAUGUUUGUUGGAGAAGAUGAAGUCCUAUGAUAGUGAAUAGAAAGAAUUGAUGUCUAUGUGUGUGAAAAUUGUUGUUGAAGGAUCGUAUAUAGUGAAUAAAAGCCUGGUGAUCGUAGAGAGAGCUGGAGUGAUAAUGAAUAGAGGGUUUACAUGUGUGUUAUAUAAGUUUGAAUCCAGAGAAACAGAGUACUUGGUUUCAUCUCAAGGAGCGUAAGCAAUAGGAGCGCUGAAGUCAUCCUCAAACUUUAUUUGGCACUAGUUUAAACCUCAUCUCAAUUAUGCAGUUCAGCUCUGGUCCCCCUACUAUAGAAUGGAUAUCAGGAUGUUAGAAUCUGUACAGAGGAGGAUGACAAAGAUGAUUCAGGGGGUGCGACACUUGCCUUAUGAAGACAGGCUGAAGCAUUUAAAUCUACACUCUCUAGAAAGGCGAAGGUUGCGAGGAGACCUGAUCGAAGUCUAUAAGUGGAUGAAGGACUUUAAUAAAGGGGAUGUCAAUAAGAUUUUGAUAGUAAAAGAGCCAGGUAGGACGCGUAGCAAUGGUUUUAAGUUACACAAAUACGGAUUCAACAAAGACAUAGGGAAGAAUUGGUUCACCAAUAGAGUGGUAGAUGAAUGGAAUAGGCUUGGGAGCCAUGUUGUGGGUGCCAGUACCAUAGACACAUUCAAGAAGAGGUUAGAUAAAGCCAUGGAUGGUGAGGUAAGGUGGGGUUGAGUGUACUGGAGCUGCCUUGUAUAGGCCAACCAGCCUCUUGCAGACUCCUUACGUUCUUAUGUACUUAUGUUCUUAUCGGUGAAUCUGUGUGUGAGAGUUGCCGUUCAAGUCGUCUAUAGUGAAGAGAAGGUUGGUAUUUACAUUGCCAGCUGGAGUGAUAGUGAAUAGAAGGUUUACAUGUGUGUUAUAUAAGUUUGAAUCCUCUAUCGCUGAAUCUGUGUGUGGGAGUUGUCGUUCAAGGCGUCUAUAGUGAAGAGAAGGUCGGUAUUUACAUUGCCAGUUGGAGUGAUAGUGAGUGAAGGGUUGACUUAAGUGUAUUUGGAGCACGGUGCAGCACUGAGAGGGUGUUCGGCUCUGUAAGCGUGCCGGACAACGUGCAGCUAAAGAACGGACAGCAUUCCUAUCCCUCAACGCUCACCUAAUAACUACAAUAAUGGAAUAUAUAUACAUGUUUAUUCUGUACCGGGUUUUCAGUGCGUGUAUCCCAAUGGAGUGAGUGUGGACUGUGUAAUAGUGUGUUGAAGUGUGAGGAACUUACCUGAACUGAAGGGAGGCUGUUGUCUUGGCCAGUGCCGGGCGCUGGGUCUGUAUGUCCUAAUGGAGUGUGUGUAGAGACAUCCAUUGCGCCUUACGGGGUAUAGGAAGGCAGUGUUUAUAGUGUGUUCAAGUGUGAUGACCAAAGUACGACCCCUAUUACUACUACUACUACUACUACUACUUUGCGACUACUACUACUACUACUUUACUACUACUACUUUACUACUACUACUACUACUACUACUACUACUACUACUACUACUACUACUACUACUACUACUACUACUACUACUACUACUACUACUACUACUACUACUACUACUACUACUACUACUACUACUACUACUACUACUACUACUACUACUACUACCACUACGUCCCCCAGCUCUCUGUCUGAUGUUAAGUGUACUCCAUCCUGCUCAGCGAAUGGUCUAACUUCAUCUCUCCACCUGGUCUUCUGUCUGCCCUGACUUAUACAAUGCUUGGGUCGCCCCUCUGUCACUCUUUUUCAGCUCUAACAAAGCUCUGACCUGCCCAAGUCUAUUUCAUAUUCUUCAGAGUCAUUGAAAUUCUAUCAUGAACCUCUCUCUUUACUCCACUCGCUUCCCGUUUAUCCGCGUUAUUCCCAGUGUUCUUCUCUUCAUUCCUCUUUGUCGCGUCUUCGCCUUUUUCAGAAUAUUUCAAAAUGUUUCUGAGCUGUUGUCUUCCAAAUAUGUCGAGGCCGGUCUGGCGUAGGCUCCCGCGGGUCCUUUCCUCCCCUCUGCUCUGCCACACAGUCCCAACACCUGUUUCUUCCACUCAUAUGCAAGCUAUAGGUAACAUAUGAGAGGAAAAAAAUAGGUGUUGGGACUGUGUGGCAGAGCAGAGGGGAGGAAUGGACCCGCGGGAAUCAACGCCAAAACGGACUCGACAAUUUGGUGUCACUAUAGUCGGGGUAACAACUUCACCAGGGAGAGUGGCGGGUUGUUACUCAUGAUAUCAACGCGUCCACCAAAACCACUCCGUCCUAUUCCUACGCUGUCUGAUUUUUUUUUUUUUUUAAUAUUUCCUGGUCUGGGUUUGCACUCAUUGUUUGUCCUUUUUUCUUUUUUUUUACAGCAAAGGAGACAGCUCAAGGGCACACAAAAAAGGAAACAAUAAAAAAAAGGCCCGCUACUCGCUGCUCCUGUAAAGAGUCCGAAGAGGUGGCCGAAAGAGCAGUCAAUUACGUGAGAACUUAACAUGUGUACUCCUUUUCUCUUUCAAGUGUUUCCUUCCGAUUACUAUUUGUUACUGUACCAGCUUAUUCCUUCACAGUACCUUUGUUUAUCUUCAUGUUCAUCUGCAGGCCUACGUUCUUGCUCCAUUUGUUUAAUUCUUGUAUCGUUCUCUGUAUAUACUUGCUCAGCCUCGCCUAGGAACACUAUGCCAUCCGUGACUCUAAGGAUGUUAAGGUACUCACCGUCUAUCUUGAUGCCGGCGUUAUCCCAUUAUGUUUUUAAUGUAUCGUUUACCCAAGGAGAUAUUGUGUCACCUUCCCGAACGCCCUCCUGAAGCGGAAGAUUCUCGCUGUUGUGGGAGAGUUUCAUGGCUGCCGGGCCGUCUCUAUGUAUAUAUCUCUCUCAGUUGUCCAUAGUCAAGCCUGUAAUACGCCUAAACUCUUCCCCGAAUAAGUAGAGUAGGACAAAUUAUCCAGACUUUGUUCCGUGAAGUGCAGGUACAGGAAGAGUUGGGUUCCUGAGGUGUUCACAGCAUGCCGGCAGAGUCCAGGGCGCAUAUUUGUAGUGAGCAGCAGAGGGACAGGAGAUUACUGGGAGAGGUGAGGCAUUUAGCUGUUGGGUCACUAAGAGUUGCCGGUGGCUCUCAACACAAUAGUGGAGGUCCGGGUACUUGUGUAGCGGACGCCGUGUCUCUGGGUGUUAGGGUGGCAAGAUCAAGGCCGGGAAGUGAGGUGGAGAAGCGUCGAAGCACAGGGAAACACAGUGUUUAUUCCCAAGACUAGAGUUAAGGUCGGGGCGUAUGAUAUAGCUACGCGUGGCCUCUGUGCUCAUCUCUGUCUCACUCGCCCUUGAACCUGCGGUGGGUGAGAACCAUUGUGACAUAGGAGUUGUAACCGCUUACCUUACCAAGUACCGCUCGCCCGCCAGCCCAGAAGGGAGGUGUACAGCUGGGUGUUCUGCGCGGACUGCCCUGCCCGGGAUAUGAACCCGAGCUUGCGGCUUCAUAUCAAUCAGUGAAGGGGGCAUGCGCCGGGGGACGCGCUGGCUCGCCCCUCCACGCAGGUCUCCUUCCCAUCCCAAGUAGCUCAUGCCAGGACCUAUCGACUUGCUCAAGCCAUGAACUCUGUGGGCGUCCCCUCGGCCUCCUCCCUCCACUCGGGGUUGCCUCUCACGGAAACAACCCUGUGAGCAGGGUCGGCUUCAGGGCACCGUGCCACAUGCCCGUACAGAUCGCGACUUCAUAGGUAGACGUACUAAUCACUCACCCUGGAAUGCUGGUAAGAAAAGCUACUUUCCACGCUGUGCCUUAUGACUGUUGAGUUACUAAGAGGUAUAGCUACGCGGCUCUCAGCGUGCUUGUAAAAGUCCAGAGUAAAUGUAGUCAAGGGCAGAGGAGCAACACGCUGAGAGAGGUAAGGUGUUAACUUUUGGAGUGGUGGCCAGACGUGCCUCAACCCCCCACGUUAACCCAUGACCUGGAACCGGACAGGGACGAGGAUCUGCAGCAACACAGCAAGCAUAGUCGUGCAACACUUCUUGUUUGCGUCACGGCUUGCUUGCAGGAGCGUAGUUGCAGCAGUUCAGUGUCUCGCGUCUGUCAGGAUCGGAAUCACAUGCUGCAGAGUCAUAGAAGUGAGCCGUGUCCUGUCAGGGUUGCAAAAUAUUGGGCUUGUGCCUUCAAGUAGCUAUGCUGAGAGGCGUCCAGGGAGUUAUGUUUUCAAAAAGCAAACACCUGCAACCGCAGCACCGGAGCCCCGGGGCGGCCGCACCAGACUAGUAGUACAUAUUAUGACAAUGCAUGCCCACAUGGCCCUCGUCCCGUCCCUUGUUGGCUUGUCCCCAGGCCGACAGAAAGAGUGUCGGCCUGGGGCUUGUCCCUCGGCCAGCUGGGACGUGUACGGCAGAUCACGGCCCGGCUACAGCGCAGGCUUUGAUUUACAUAGAUUUAAAGUGAUACUCAGACCACACAGACCCUAUGAUAAUCCAGCUGAACUAGGUGGCCUGUCCUUAAACCUAAGUGAAAUUAUAUUAAUCAAAUGCCACCAAGACUUUGCAUUUCUACUUUAGUAAAUAUUAAGGUGAAGGAAGUGUCGGUCAGGUCAGUCGGUCGGUGAGGGGGAGGGACGAGUCAGGAGCCAGCUGGGUGUUGUACUCUUGAGACAUAACCUCGCCGUCCCCUGCAGCCGUCAGUGGGUGUGAGGGGAGGGACGAGUCAGGCGCCAGCUGGGUGUUGUAUUCUUGAGACAUAACCUCGCCGUCCCCUGCAGCCGUCAGUGGGUGUGAGGGGAGGGACGAGUCAGGCGCCAGCUGGGUGUUGUACUCUUGAGACAUAACCUCGCCGUCCCUUGCAGCCGUCAGUGGGUGUGAGGGGAGGGACGAGUCAGGCGCCAGCUGGGUGUUGUACUCUUGAGACAUAACCUCGCCGUCCCUUGCAGCCGUCAGUGGGUGUGAGGGGAGGGACGAGUCAGGCGCCAGCUGGGUGUUGUACUCUUGAGACAUAACCUCGCCGUCCCUUGCAGCCGUCAGUGGGUGUGAGGGGAGGGACGAGUCAGGCGCCAGCUGGGUGUUGUACUCUUGAGACAUAACCUCGCCGUCCCCUGCAGCCGUCAGUGGUCCACAGCAAGACAAAAAUAGCUGUCUUUCCCAACGUCCAGUGUCUGAAAUAACAAAUUACAAUACACUCAAGAUGUCUGUGUUUCUUCCUUCCUGUGACUUAAACUUAACCGAGGCAUGUUUGGACGCCGAGUGAGUGUUACCCGGCAUGGCAUGAGAGAGACACACAUGCACACACGUACACCAGGGAAUGUGCGUGUGUGUGUGUGUGUGUGUGUGUGUGUGUGCGCGCAGCGUCUACCGUAACCGUCACAAUAAUCUGUAUCGGAACUUUUUUGUUGUUGUUUUCCGUGGUGGUCGUCUUGAGAGUCACGUGACCACAUUCCAAUGCCCCCGAGCCAGAGUAGGAGGCGGGCAGAAUCUUCGUUCCCUGACCAGACAACGCACAAAGCAGCAGGGGUCAUAUUUUUAAACACUUACCCGCCCAAGGCUUUCAUACGGGUUUGAGUCAUAUCCAGAGGUAGUUUUGUGACCCUUCUGGUAGUUUGAUCAUUCCUCUGUAUAUAUUUAAACAGUUCAACGUCCAAACACACACACAUUUGACAAGGCUUCCGUAGGGGUUUGGAGCAUUUCCAGAGGUAGUUUUGUGACCCUUCUGGUAGUCUAAUCAUUUUUCUGUAUCAUUAACCUAAAGGAACACUCUAUAGAACCCAUAUAUUUAAACCUUUCAGCGCCCAAGCACACACACAUUUGACAAGGCUUCCGUAGGGGUUUGGAGCAUUUCCAGAGGUAGUUUUGUGACCCUUCUGGUAGUUUGAUCAUUCUUCUGUAUCAUUAACCUAAAGGAACACUCUAUAGAACCCAUAUAUUUAAACAGUUCAGCGCCCAAGGACACACACAUUUGACAAGGCUUUCGUAAGGGUUUGGGGCAUUUUCAGGGGUAGUUUAAUGACCCUUAUGGUAGUGUGAUCAUUCCUCUGUAUCAUUAACCUUAAGGAGCACUCAUUAGAACCCAUAUAAUUAAAGUUUUCAUCUACCAAGCGCACACACAUUUGACAAGGCUUUCGUAGGGGCUGUGGGCAUUUCCAGAGGUAGUUUAAUGACCCUUCUGGUAAUUUAGUCAUUCUUCUGCACCGUGAGCCUAAAGAAACACUCAUUAGAACUCGGCUGAUCUCCUUUUCGGCCUUUGGAAAGAGUUGAUAUGAGAGGCGGAAGUGUCGGAAAAUACACACUUAGUCUCCGUAUUCUCAAACGCUGGCGACUCUCACAUCAAAUACUUCCAAAGACCACAAAGGUGAUUACUCUGGUUCUCAUGAGUGCUUUUCACAUUGGCGGGUACUCUAAGAUGCCUUCACCUCUCACAUCAACUAUUUCCAAGGGCCGAAAGGGAGAUCAGUCGGGCUAUAAUGCAUGUUUUUAGGGUUCAUGGUACAGAAGAAGGGUCAGACUACCGGAAGGGCCAUAAAAGUACCCCUUGAAAUGCCCAAAACUCUUAUGAAAGCCUUACCAAAUGUCUGUGUGCCUAGACGCCGAAGUGGUUAACGGCCCAUUGACGGCGCAUAAGCUUUGUUAAAUUAUCCCUAUGCAUAUAAACCUACCCGUGGAAACACUAAUACAAACUCGACGAAAGGCUUGCCGAAUGUGCAUGGGUGUGUGUAGGGUGUGUGUAAGCGCUGAAAUGCUUGAGAUUACGGGCCCGGGACUGAUGUGGACUCCCUGUGCAUAAAAACAGGCCCACGGAGCUCCCUAACACUGCGCCCGAUGUGUCUCUCAGGGUCAGAGUAUUGGGCAUCUUAUUAAGUGUAGGAGAGAGCAUCAUAGCCUUGGUAUGUGUGUGUGUGUGUGUGUGUGUGUGUGUUAGUGUGUGUGUGUGAGAGAGAGAGAGAGAGAGAGAGAGAGAGAGAGAUUUUCAAAGCUGUUCAGACCCCAUGGUCCAAAUUAGGUGGUCUGUUCUUAAAUCAAUAAGAAACCAAUAAAUGGCCACCAAGACUUUACCUUUCUGCCUCGGCGAAUAUUAAGUUGAAGGAAGUGACGGUCGAGCUUGUCUUUAAAGGAGUCAGUCGUGCUGCACUGGACCACUGAAGGCUUAUCCCUAAUUCCUCGCGCUACAACGUUGGAGAAGAAAAAAAUGUUACUGUGAUUUUUUUUUUACAUAAAAGUUUUAUGCCAUUAUUUCUCGUUCGAAACGUGUAAUCGAUCAUCAUCAGUUGGAUUCGCCCACAUUCGUAAAAGCAGCAUUUUGAAACAUUCGGUCAGCUUUCCUCGGAAGUGACGCUUCUCAAGAGGGAACAGCGAAGGGCUGGGAGGGAGCCUCUCGUCGUAGGUGUGUUGCGCAAGGAAGAGAUCGUCUUUGUUGCCUUACAUUGUUCACCUAGCUUAGCAAUGUCCUCCACGUGGUGGGGAGACCAAACCUGUACCGCAUAUUACGUCAGGUCUGACUAACUAUUGUAUAGUGGUUAUAUUACAUAUUUAUUCUUGAA